AGACGAGUCUGUCCCCACAACAGUUUAUGUGGAUCACAGCGAAGCGAUGGAUACCGAUUGCGAUUCAAUUCAGAAGCCUUCAUCUGAGAUGCGUAGUGUAUCCAAAAAGCACAAGCACAUUACCAAUAAAUUCUGAAGAAAGAUAGCUCUGUAGCGCAAGUAUGGCAUCAGGCACAAGAUCCAAGAAAUUGAAUCAUUUCGUCAUAGAAAAGAGCAACGUACUUCUCCUGGGCAUGGGAUUUGUCUCUGAACAGAUUUGCAACGAACAAACCGGCACUACAAAUCCUUAUGUCAGAGAUACGAGGAGAGCGAGGGCGAUAGAAGAUAUAGGUUAUCACGUGCAUACAAUAAAUAUGCAGCUGGAACAGAAGGAUAGUGCUGGCUUCCCAGACCAUCCCAGGCACAUCCAGCUCACUUGGUCGAGGGGGGCGCGUGCAGUGAAGCAAAACUUGGCGCAGUUUCCUGAGGGUGAGAAAUUCAAGUACAUUCUGUUGGACUAUUUUAGAUUCCCAUCAGACUACAUGAGGCGCGCAUACACAACAAACUUCUUCAAAAGCUUCAUCCUGGAGGGUCUCCGUGAUCACGAUUUUCUGACGGAGGAUUUCCAAGUCAUCGCACCAAACAGUGAAGCCAUCGUUGUUGCGUUGAAUGAGAGUAUGUCACAUUACUAUAUAGAACGUAUCGACGAUAGCGAUAAUCCACUUUGGGUUGGUACCGAAAAUCUAUAUGUGAGUGGGUACCGAGACGAAGGCAAAUACACAAAUACGGAUCAGCUUAGUGUGGAUCUGGGCUAUCUAGAUCAAAAGUAUCACUUUGUUAGGAUGACGCCGCUUGCAACUUCUGGUAAAAAACGAUAAUAAUAAAAAUCU